AUGAGCUCUUCGCCAUCUGCCGACUUACCACUCGGUCGGAUACUUGACGACGUAUCAAAUCUCCAACCCUUUCAAUAUGCCCCACUUCCAACAUCUACAAGUAUUCGACUCAUUGAGAUCCUGCCCUCGACCACAGGCGCCAUUCGGUGCAGAAUGACGACGGUAGAUCUCGGCGAGCAACCUCCGUACGUCUGCUUAUCUUACACGUGGGGCAGCCCGACAACCAUCAACGAGGAGCCAGCGCCUGAACCAGAAGAAUACAAAAACCCAGAACACUUCAUCAAGCUCCCGUUCGUGUUCGAGUCCAAGGGACCAAGCGGUAUCACGAUACACAACACCGACUAUGCCAUGAAAUUUUACGUCGAGAGACACCCAUGGAUUCCCCGAAUGAGACUCGACACAGCUCCAAAGGAACAGCAGCCGAUAGAAAUCAACGGCAGACUGGUCUAUGUGCAGGAAAAUCUGUAUUGCUUUCUCAAGGAGUAUAUUUCUUGGAAGCUUGGGUUGCAGAACGGGCCAGAGGACGGAGAAGAAGCGGAUGAGAAUCAACGCGAGCUCUUCAUGAAUCCCCUCUGGAUCGAUGCACUAUGUAUUAAUCAGGAAAACCUAGACGAGAGAGCGUCUCAAGUGCAGUUAAUGAGAUCGAUCUUUCGAGGCGCAAAGAGGGUUCUGGCUUGGUUGGGGCCUCCGGAUGGAUUGACCGAAGACGCAAUCGCAGGCCUUGGAAUACUUUACAUGUCCGACCUUGGUACUUGCGAAGGGGGGAUGACACUUUCGGAUAUACCCGGGAUGGAUCUUGUUCACUGGUUCGCCGUCUUUGCGUUUUUCCAACGUUCUUGGUUCCGGCGUGCGUGGGUUACUCAAGAGGCAGCUUCAUGGCGACAGAACGUCAUCACCGUCAUCCACGGCGGGCGUCUGCUUCUCUGGGAGUGGAUCUGCAUGAUCAGCGAAAUGUUGAAGAAGUCCGGGCUUCAACAGGAAUUGCUCAAAUUCGGAUACAACUUCCUCGACGGCGAGCCCUUGUCGGACAAUGUGCGUCAGCUUCGAAAGCUAUAUGCGUUUGGCGACGGAGUUAGCGAGGACGUCAACACUGACGACUUUAUAAACAUCCACGGAAGGGCGAGUGAGGGCAUGGACGGCCUGUCUUUCACAAACGCGAUCUGGAGCCUUGUGUUUCGUCUUCGGAAGGAUAGAGAGAGAAUGUACAUGGAAGUUCCUCCUCUUCUGCGCGUCUUAGGCUUGUUUCGAGGUACAGACGCAACCGAUCCGCGCGACAAGGUUUUCGCCUUUCUCAAUAUCGCCUCAGACGCAGAUCAACUGGCUUUGGUACCGGAUUACAAGGCCAGCGUACAGAACGUCUUCAGGAAAACUGCCGAGGCAAUCUUGAGAACGACAAAGUCGCUGUCUAUCUUCUCACAGGUUCAAGAGCCCUGCGACACACAAAUUCCUCAUUUGCCCGGGUGGGUACCGGAUUUCAGCGCCAGGCUGUCCUGCACGCCGCUCGAUACAGGAGAUGACGACGUGCCGUUCUGUGCUUCAGGGCCUGACAGCGAAGCAUGGUUCGAAAUCCAUGAUGACGAUACGAUCGAGGUCGAGACUAUCGAGCUGGAUUUCAUCAUGACAAGCGAGAUGGCUGGCGACAAUGCCGAAGACCUACUCCUGUGCGUGUUAAAAUCAAUGCUCAGAGUUCCGCACCGAUACCCAAUUGGGAGAUUUGAGAUACAGCAGGUUGGUGUGCCUGCUGAAGACCAGAAUGUGUCGCAACAAGCUGAGCCAACAUCUUCGCAAGACGCACAAGCGAGUACCAAUGUUGUUUUGCCGCGCAAGGACACUCAGGGGUUCCACAGUGAGCUGCCUGACCCGAAUACAGUCGAAAGCUUGCAAGAACCCACUCUGCAUCAACCAAUAUCGCAAAACAAGCAGCCAGUCUAUUCCAACUCUGUCAAUGAUGAUUCCGUAAUCCUUAACGAGGGGGGCACAGUCGGCGCCAAAGCUGAGCAAAGCCUCAAUGACAUCGGGUCAGAAACCCCACACCCUAAUUCGAGCGAGGACGCAAUAGAAGAAGCCCAGGAGUCAAAUUUGAGCGGGAGGCAGACACCGUACGAGAUACGGCCCGUCACUCGGAUUGAAGCUAUGUGGCGAACGUUAGUCGGAGACAUGCUCCCUAGCUCAAGGAUAGGCUUCAACCCUGACCCGAGAAAGUUAAUGACCCAUCCAGCACCACCUUCUCUCGGGUACGGACUCUCUAACUGGAUCGAGGCCGGCAUUCUUGAGAUGUGGUAUCUAUGCCAAAACUUCGGCGCAAACAGCCAAGUCACGGGCGCUGCUUGGCGGCGUGUCCUGACGACACUCUCUGCCUAUGCCGCAAUCUACCGUGAGCGACACAUUCCUUUGACGAGAGAAACAAUUGAGUUCAGUCUUGAAGCGGACACCAUCGAAGACCUAGCUGCGCAGGAGGACGAAGAGGAGAGCUGGGUUGGCUUUGCUCUCAGCAGUCAUAAAUUCUUCCCUCGGGCGUCCAGGCUUAGAAGACUCUUGAACGGAACAAAACCGGCAGGCGACCUUCGAGGUUAUGACGGUGACCCUCAAGCAGCCAUAAAUGGACAGUGGAGGGAACACGCGUUGAAAAACUUUACCAAGGAGGAAAGAGAAGACAUAGACUCUUUUGAGAAAAGGAUGAAAGUCAUGCUCAAAGGCAAAAGAUUGUUCACGACAAGGUCAGGCCUUCUAGGAAUUGGGCCUCGAUCCUUGUUUCAGGAGAUGAACUGCGUUUACCAAGUGCAUAUCAUGAAGGGCGCCAAAGUUCCGUAUGUUCUCGCGAGCUACGAUGACGGAACGUACCGGUUGAUUGGUGAAGCCUAUGUACAUGGGGUCAUGAAUGGAGAGCUGCUUGAGCACAUGAGCAAUCUACCAUGGUGCAAGUAUGAAAGAAUUCGGCUUAGAUAG